AUGCUUCUUUUUCAGACUCCAAAGAAGAAGAAGCUAAAUUCUGAGAAAAACAACAGAGUGACUAGUUGCAAAGCCACCAGCAUAGUUUCACUGGAAAACAAGAUCUCAAAGGAACAGCAGAUGAUGGAAGAGGCUAAUGGACAGCCACCGGUCACGACCAAUGUGGUAGACUCGGGAGUUGAAAGCUUAAAGCCCCAGGCAUUAACCAGAAGCAGAUCAGCAAGGCGAUCGCGAGACCUGGACCUCAACCCUGAAACUUUGUUGAAUCCCACGCCAUCAUAUACUGCACUUUUGCUGGAAGACAUUCAAAAUUUUCACCAGAAGAACACUCCUCCUCCCUUUUCGCUCCCAGCAUGUGUCACCAAGGCCUGCUCCAUUCUCGAAGCAGUCGCUGAUCUCAAUUCCACUACAAGCUCCAACCUUUCAUGUGGAUUCUCUGAUGAUAGAAGAAGCCCCCCAACAGUGGCUGCUGUUAAUCAUGUUGGGAAGAAACUACCCGAGGCAAAAGACCCAUUUGUAGAAUCUGAGGUACUUGGAAGCGAUGAUCUUAUGGAGCCAAGCUUUCACAAGUAUGUAACAAUGAGAAGAGGAGGUACGUUAUGUGGGGAAGACAUGGAUGGUCAAGAAUCCUCUGGCAGUAACAGCUUUGUAGGUGGCAGCCAACAGCAUUUAGGAUUUUCCACCUCUUCAUGGGAACCCAAUUCAGCUGAUUCAACUGAUCGCUGGAAUUCAAGAUCCAACAUGAGAGAUGACGAUGAGAAGAGUCCACUGGGAUUUCAAAAGCAUGGAUUAUCGGAAACAGGGCGUGAUGUGGAACAGGCCAGAAGGGCAUUCAGUGGCCAAAGGACUGGAAUUGGACGUGGGAGAUCUGGCACCAGUAAAAAUUUCCACGCAACUCCUCUCCUUGCAACUGCUGCUUCCACAUAA